UAAAUAGCCACGCAGCACAUAUGGCUGACAUAAAGUAGUCCUUCAACCAAAAUCCACUGCGCCAUCCAACUUUCGACUCGCGUCCAACAGCAAAUAUAUUGUUUAUUGAUUUUUCCUCAUCAUGGCUGAUGUUAUCGUAGUUGGGGGCGGCACAGCCGGCGUCGUGCUCGCUUCACGCCUGCACCAACGCAAACCAGAACUAUCAAUCACCCUUAUCGAAGCAGGCCCGGAUGUAACCGGACACGCCCACGUAGCGAAUCCUGCAGAGGCUUCGCUGCUCCACUUCUCCGAUCUCGACUACAAGUACAUGACCGUCCCUCAGAAGCACUUGAAUGGCGCGCCACGUUAUAACUGCGCCAUCAAAGGGCUAUCAGGAGGCACAAUCAUCAAUACUGGGGGAUGGAUUCGCGGGGAUAAGAAAGACUAUGAUGAAUGGGCUCGCACUGUAAAAGAUGAUCGAUGGAGUUAUGAUGGGUUAUUGCCUUAUUUUAAGAGGUCUGAGAAGCAUUUUGAUCCUAAUGCGGAUCCUACCCAGCAUGGCUUUGACGGACCGAUCACGACUGCUUCAGUCACCUCGUCUGGCCGGACGUUUCCUCUAAGGGAGACGGUGUUCAAAAUGUGGUCCAAGGGACUCGGGUUGGACCAUGUUCCAGAUGCUAAUAAUGGCCAUCCGCAAGGUAUCACCGAUCUGGUUGAGAACUGGAAAGACGGGAAGCGGCAGAUAGCCAGUGAUGUCUAUCCUUUGGAUGGAGUCAAAGUCCUCACCGACACCGCGGUACACCGCGUGAUUCUCGAAGACAAGGUGGCUGUGGGUGUCGAACUCGUAGGCGGUGAGAAGCAUCUAGUCAAACAAGGCGGGCAAGUCAUCGUCAGCUCGGGAGCAUACGGAACUCCCAAACUGCUCCAACUCUCUGGAAUCGGUGAACCCGCUCUUCUCUCCCCGCUCGGGAUAAACACAACCAUUGAUCUGCCGGUUGGAAACAAUCUCUUCGACCACAUGCUGCUGUUCCGCUACUGGAAACUGCGGCAACCAGAAAAAGGGCUGGCGCUCGGGUCUCCAGACUUUGGCGGCCCAAACUACGAUAAGGGAGGGCCCGUGGACUGGCUCGUCACAGCCCCGAUCCCAACUGUGCCGCUCAAAGCGGCGCUCGAGAAGGACGAGGGCCACGUCUCUGACCAUCAUCCUCUACUUCAAGGGCGGAGCCACUUGGAAAUGAACCUAUUGUAUGCAGCGCUUGGUGCGGAAACGCAAGGUCUGACAAUCCCACUAGACGGGAAAUCAAUCAUGACGUUCUUCAUGGGGUGUCUUCCAACAUCGCGAGGAAGCGUGAAGCUGAGCUCCAGUGAUCCCCUGGCUCCGCCGUUGAUAGAUCCCAACUACUACGCUACGAAUGCUGAUAAGCAUGUCAUGCGACAAGGCUUCCGUUUACAGUCCAAAGUCAUGCUGGAAACGCCCCAAGGCAAGGACCUCGUUGUCGAAGAAUACAUUCCUCCAGGCCAGGACGGCAGCGCGGCAGACGCUACUGACGAACAGAUAGAUGAUCGGAUCAAGCUGGGUGGAUCCACUGUCUUCCAUCCGGGAGGCACAGCUGCCAUGGGUAAGGUCGUCGAUGCGUCCCUCAAAGUGUAUGGAGUCAGGAACCUCCGAGUGGUGGAUGCAAGUGUGAUACCUGCGCCGAUUGCUGCGCAUCCUCAGGCUCCCGUUUAUGCCAUCGCUGAGCAGGCUGUGGAUAUCAUAUUGAAGGAAGACUUUUGA